GUCGGAUCAGAGGAAUGUCGACGGCGGAGUGUUGUGAAAAGUUGAGCCGUGUAAGUUAUUCCAGAAACUCGAAGUUUGGAGAAGUUCAUAUUGGAAAUUUUAAAGCUAGAAUUUCUAUUGUUCCCCAUGACUUGCUCUCAAUGGAUACCCCAGCUAUUAAAGGGAUUAGAACAAGGAUGCUUGAAGAUGAAUUCUUUUGUGUCUGUUUAUCAGGAAUGAGGUUUAAACGCACCAUUUAAAGCUGGAGAAGAGGUUAUCUUAUAAACUGUACGAUGAGCCAGAUCUGAUGUUCCAUUGUAGGGCGCCCAUAGAUUGAAACAAAGCUUGCACAAAGCUGUUAUUAACUCUCAGCGUUUCCAGUUGACAAGCCAGGAACUACAUAUAUGGUUCUAAAGACACAGCUGCGUUAGGCCAUGCUCAAAUAUCUGAGUUUGAUUCCUCGAUCUGUUGGUUUCUAGAUGCUGUUUGAUUUCUGCUACCUUUGACCUUCUGAUCUACCAAUCAGGAAACUUCCUGUUUUAAACCAGCCAAUCAGGAACCUUCCUGAUUUUAACCAGCCAAUCAGCAACCUUCCUAUUUUUUGACUGACAACCAGGAGCUUUUCAGUAUAUGAAGUGAACAAUUAGGAACUUUCAUGUUUAAACAAUUUAGGAAUCCUCCCCUUGUAUGAACUGACCAAUCAGGAACUUUCCUAUUUUUAACCAGCCAAUAAGGAACCUUCCUGUGUUUGAACUAGCCAGUCACCAUGAAGGAAGAGGACAUUGAGAUAGCCAUCAAGGUAGUGAUUGUUGGGAAUGGAGCUGUGGGAAAGUCUAGUAUGAUCCAGAGAUAUUGCAAAGGUAUCUUCACUAAAGACUAUAAGAAGACCAUAGGAGUUGAUUUUCUAGAAAGACAAAUAGAAUUCAAUGAAGAAGAUGUUAGAUUGAUGCUAUGGGAUACAGCAGGACAGGAAGAGUUUGAUGCUAUCACUAAAUCAUAUUACAGAGGUGCCCAGGCUGGUGUAUUAGUCUUCUCUACAGUAGACAGAGAUUCCUUUGAAGCAAUUGAUAAAUGGAGAGUAAAAGUAGAAGAUGAAGUUGGAAACAUUCCUCUUGUCCUUGUGCAAAACAAGAUAGACUUGGUAGAGCAAGCAGUACUAGAACCAGAAGAAGCUGAAGCUUUAGCAAAGAGGAUGAAACUUCGAUUCUAUCGGACAUCUGUUAAGGAAAAUCUAAAUGUAGAGGAUGUGUUUCGCUACCUGACAGAGAGAUACAUUGAGAGAUUACAUUCAACAGAACCAGAAGAUAACUCAACAAUAAGUGCCAAGAUUGGUAUAUUCAACACAUCCACCACGCCUUCGCAGAGUGAAAAUAACGGCAAUGGUAACGAAGCUAAUCAGACAAUACAGCUGAAACCUAUGAAACAACGAACAAAGGGCAAGAAGAGUGCCUUUAAAUGCUCAAUACUUUGAGGAUGAAUUCCCUUCUAAUGUAGAUAAGUCUUAUUAGAAUGAUACCUAUGAUGUCAAGGUCCAGUAGCAUAAUAUAUCACAUGACCUGCAUUGCAAGUGUCAGGUGACCUUAUCACUACAGAUCACCAGAUAUCACAUGUAUCAGGUGAUCUGUAGAUAUGUUGCUACUGCAAUACUGAAAUCCAGCUGUUUGCAACCUGUGUUUUUUUUUAUUUUUGGAGUCCUUUUCACAGUUGAUAAGCAACUUGAAAACCAAAAAUAAUCAGAGUUACACAUCAAAGAGUUUUGACAGAUUUAAGAUUUAAAAUCUAACUCAAAUUGCGAUUGAUCUCAAUAUUGGAUACCGGGUACUUCAGAAAUUUAGAUAAAUUGCAAUUACAUGUAGAUUAUGAUUUGAAUCUAUCACAAUCAUCUAAUAAGCAGCACUAUUACGAUGCUGGCAAGUGAUUGGUCUUAGGAGUCUUUUAGAUAUGGACCAGAGACAGGUUGUCAUAAAAUAUUAUAUUGUAGAAUUUGUGAUAUCAUUCCAUAGUUCAAUGUUUUGUCAUAUGGAUGUAAAGAUUAUUGAAAAAAUAAGAAACCUUGAGGAAUUAGUGACCUAGGACUAAAAUCCAAUUGAAACUAGAACCAGUUGAAACAAAUUACCAACAAGUUCCAGUUGAAACCAUAUAAUAAUAAUGUUACAUUUAUAUUGCGCUUCAUACUUACUGUUUCUAAGUACUUUUAUGUAAUUAUUAUACCCCUGUCAUUGGAUCCUUCACUCAUUAAGUGCACCAUCUCCACUUCCUGGGGAACAUCCUGGCCAGGCAACCAUAAUUUACUACUGCAAUUAUGCCAAUUUCAUCACAUUGACAUUCACAUUCUACCGAGUACCACUUUAACACCUGGGUGGAGAGUGAAUUAGCGCCAGAUGGGAUUUGAACCCUUGGCUCUCAAGUCAAGUGACUUAUGACUACACCACAGCUCCCUCACAAUUGUCAAAUUGUUCCAGUUGCCAAAAAGGGUUUAAUUUGGACCAUCUUGCAACUAGUUCCAAUUGGAACCAGUUAAAAUGUUCUUAUAGAAAUCUACUGGCAACUGGUUUCAAUUGUUAAUUUUUUACAACUUAGUUUCAAGUGGAUUAUAUCUGGAGACCUAAUAUUUCUUUCUAAAAAAUGAUUAUCUUGCAUACUAUGCUUGUACCUUGUGAACAUUGUUCUAUUUGAUCUCUUUGUACUGAGAUCAGUUUUUGAAUAGUAAUUUUUUUUAAAUUAGAGGCCGAUUGCAGAAAGAGUUGUAAUCAAAAGCAACUCAUAAUUCAACAGAAGUUGAUUUUCAACCAAUCAGAAUCUCCUAAAUUCAAACAGAAGUUGAUUUUCAACCAAUCAGAAUCUCCUAAUUUCAAACAGAAGUUGAUUUUCAACCAAUCGGAAUCUCCUAACUACAAACAGAAGUUGAUUUUCAACCAAUCAGAAUCUCCUAAAUUCAAACAGAAGUUGAUUUUCAACCAAUUAGAAUCUCCUAAAUUCAAAUAGAAGUUGAGUUUCAACUAAUUAGAAUCUCCUAAAGACCUAACCCUAAGGCCUUUGGAAGUGAUUAUCAUGUUUUCAGCAAUCUGUCACAUCUGCCAACUCAGAUAAUGAUGAAAUUUACCACAAUGGCAUUUAUUGUUUUCAAGACACAUGUAGAUGUGUUUAUAUACCUUCUUUUGUAUGCAAAGUGUCUUUUGUAAUUGAUAUACAUGUGCUCUCUUUAGAUGCUCUGCUAGAUUUACACUGUGAUUUAGAAUCUUAAGUUAGAUCAAAGCAUUAUAUAGUCUACAUCUCCCUGUGAACAGUACAUUGGCAUGUCAUUGAUCUAGAUUGAACUCAAUCCAAGUGAGAUGAUUGGGUUAAUUUUACAUGGAAAAAAUUUUGAAAAUGUUUGGGUAUCAUAAUGGCAGCUGGGCACACUGUUAUCUGCCAUCAACCGAUGUGAUGAAUCUAUUGUUGAUUUGUUAAUUACAUUAUGCUUUAAGUUGCCACUUUAUUCUGGGCUCUGUUACUUACAUGUAGGUUUGUUAUCAAACAAAAUAAACUAUUUAAUGGCUAAAUUACAAUGGCCAAUCAAUAUCAGACAUGUUCUGUUCAAAACACUGACCGGGAUCCAAUCAGAAUUGUUCUUUUACAUUUGCAAUCCAUUGUAAAGCUUUGUGUUUAAUAGUGGAUCAGACUAGUAUCAAUCAUUUUAUAAUGUCAAUAACCAAGGGUCAUUUUCAAACAUAAGUGGACAUGGGGGUGAAAAUUAAAACUUGCUCAAAAUCAGUAGGCUUCAAUGGUUUUUGAAACUAGACAUCUCAAAGUAUGUUUUUUCAUUUCAGUUACAUAAAAUUAUUAAUUUUGUCUGGAAAUACAGUGAAUUUAGUGCAAGGGAAAUUUAAUGUUACAAAAUGCUGAUUUUUGCAUUAAAAUUCACAUAUUGCCUAUCACAAUAUAAAAUUUGUAUUAGAAGCAUAUUUGUUGGUAAGAUACAAGUUCUGUAUUGUAUCUAACUCCGAAAUAAGAAAAAAAAUUAUCUGAAGUGUUUUUCUGAAAAAAGUAGAUCUUUAAAGUUUUCAAAACUGGAUGUCGUGUCACUCACGUUUAAAAGACAAAAAGUUUUCUAGUUAUGUGUAUUCUGAAAAUUAAUUUAUCCCAGUACAGGAGCAAAUACAGUUUUCCCAUACCUUAUUGUAUAUAAAGUAACUUGGUCCAAAGUGUUAAGGUUAAGCUAUAAUUAACUGUUAAAGUUGUGUCGUGUCACUCACAAUGUCGUGUCACUCAUGAAAUGUCGUGUCACUCACAGUCUCAUAUUGUGUAUAAAAAAGGACAUCGAAUAAUUUUUAAAGCAUUUUACAAGAUAAAUUCAGGGAUGGAGUCAAAAUGUUGUUCCUGACAUCAUUUAGGCCUAUGAAAGGCUAAUAUUUUUUUCCAUUUUCCCAACUUCACCCCUAUCAAUGGAAAUAUUGAAUUUGACGUUGAGUUCAUCUAUUUUCUUUCCUCUCCAUGGUUUCCUCAGUUUCAAAAAUCUUGACAACUUUCCAUUCAUGUGAAGACUCGGAUCCUAAUUCAUAUUUUAAUGAUGUACUGAGAUAAAAGAAUAUAACAUAAUUAAUCAACACAAAAUUAUGAAUAUAUCAAGAGAAAACCACUAUACAUAGUAAUGAACAUAUUUAUAGUGCAUAAAGAUUUGGCGAUGGUUCAAGUUAGUCAGGUAUGACUUGAACAUUCUCUGUCUCCAUUUACAGAAAUGAGCAGAACAUUCACCUAUCUUUUUAGGAAUGUUAUUUCUUUGUCUUACUAAUUAAGAAAGGUUUAAAGCUACUUGUAACAAGGUCAGGGAUCUUAUUUUGAAAUUUGCAGAAAUAUAUAAAAUAUUCUUAUGGUAGAAAAGAGUAUGAAAAAAUCUCUGUGAACACCAAACAUUCUUUCAAAAUCAGAAAAACCUCUUUCCUUCUGAUUAAUUGAAAUUAACCUUUUUUGCCACAAAGCAUGUGUUCGAGGACAUGAAAUAAACAAUUUUUUUGCAAGAACAUCUCAGGUGAGAAUACACUGAGAUUUAAAGAGCAUUCUGGAUAUUGCUUGAAGUAGCUACAUGCCUGGUUCAAAAUCAUUCUUUGUUCGGCCACCAUUCAUACCCCUAGUGAUGAACUAGGGUCUACACAGCAAACUACCGUGAGCGGGCCAAUGUGGGUUCGGAGCAGAUUUGCAUUACACACAAAAAUUGAUAGAGUAAAUUAGGUAGGUACCAACAAGUCCCAACCAAGACCGAAAAUUUGCAUUUAAGCAACUUUGGUGAGUUGCCUUGUUUUCAUGUAGAUCAAUUUUUCUUGGGGGGUACCCUGGUUAGAACUGAGCUGGACCUCGUGGGAAAAAGCUAUAGAGGUAUAGGGGAGUAUUUGAUGGUUGGGGAUGCUGAAUUGAAUUUCAGUGUAACAUCCAAGGGCUCAUCAAAGGAAAGGCUAAUGAUAUGAAGUUGUACAUGUAGGUAAUACUAAACAGACUGUGCUGUGGCUUUUUGCAAGAAUCAGGUACUAACUAUGAGUCUUUCACCUCGUGGCUUUCCAUGUAUUACUCGUGGUUUGGUUUAUUAUCAGAUAUGAUAAUUAGCAAUGAAAAACAGCUUGCAAGAUUCCUGCUAAAAAAUCAUUACUCUGAAUUUUGGUACAGUUCCUUUGGAGGGGUCCACAUACAAGCAGUGUUCAGGAGAAAACCAAUGCUUAAUGAGUUGAACUUGAUCCCUAUUAAAGUUUCUCACGGAUUUAUCUAUCUGAAGUGUGCAGCCAAGUAACUGUGGUUUGGUACAGUGUACAAAAAAAGACAUUGAAGCUGCCAAGUCCUAUUUGGACAAGGCCUAAAAUAUUUAAGGAGGAUAAUAUUGUAAUCCAAUAUUUCAAGAAAAAGGAGUCAUAAAUGACAUCAUUGGCUACCAAACCAUGCCAGAUGGUGCGAGUGACUAUUGAGAAUACCUUUCUUACAAGGAAAAAAUAUUCCAUCAUUUGUGGAUGCUGAAUUGUAAACCCGUAAACUGUCAAAUACAGAUAAAGAGUUAAAGUUUUGAAUGAAAUCAGGCCACAAAAAGAAUGUUUGAGUUGAUGUCAAUGCCAAGACCACAUAACACCUCCUUCAAGUGCCUCCUCCUCCAAAGAGGAGAGUGGUAGAAGCCUGAGUGUGACAAUAAUGCGGUAUGGUAUAGGGAAUGUGAGUUGAUGGGCAAAUAUGACCAUAAACCAAGAAUAAAUCAUUAGGAUGACACAUUAUCAACUUUGAAUAGGCAGGUGUUAUGUAAUUAAGCUUGUUUUUUGGUUGAUGGGAUUAAACUCUUGUAAAUCAUGCAAAAAAUACUUUAAUUGUUGAGAUAAAUGUUGUAUUUUUGCACUUGUCGUGUCACUCACGUUUUGGAUGUCGUGUCACUUACGGUAUAUAGGAGGGCACCAUUUUCCAUAGAGAAGGUUUGAUUGAUUCUGACUAUAUGUGCUAGAUAGGUACACUAUUUACGUACAUGUAUGGGUACUCACAGUACUCCUGGACCGCUACUUGGGCACGAAUCCAAUCAUAAGUGAUAAUGGUCAGAAACCCAUGUCCAAAAUUUGUCGUGUCACUCACGCAUCAUUUUUCAAUCAUAUCUACUAAACAAAUUGUAGCAUUCAAAUCAAACUGGUAGUGGCCCAUGCCAGUCCUGCAUUGUACAUAAUAGGGUAGUCAUGAUUGAUUCAUAACCUUUAAGUUUAAAGAUAUGAGCCCUUAACUCUCUCCAAUUGUCGUGUCACACACAUUUGAAAAUGACCCAAGGUCAUCAGGUAUACCUGUGUGUGUUACAUGACUUGUAUGUACAUGUAUGUUCACACAUGUUAUUUCCACACUGAUACUAACAAAGUUUAUGAUUUUAGUAUUAUGUACAUGUAUAAAUCUUGCUAUAUACUGCAGUACUGCCUUUAUUAUGUACCUGUAAAUGUGUGUACUAACAAUUCUGUUAUCAGUUUCUUCUUAUGUAGAAAAAGGUAUUUAUCAUUAUAGUACUGAAUAGCUCUAAUGAUUUUAUUUGUAUUAGUAGAUCAACUAGGAAACAUAGUCUACAAGAGUGGUAAUUUACUGCAAAUAUUUGGUACAGUGUUGAAAGGGUCGAUGACAAAAAUGAGAUUUUAUUGUAUUAUGUCAA